AUGCCUAUGGCUAUGUGCAAAACCAAAAUGGCAGUCGACGCCGCCGCCCCAACCCCAACCCCUCGCAAGUCUCGCUCUCCCCGACCACCAACAACAACCACCUUCACCGCCUCCUCCUCCGACCCUCCUACCUCCAACAUCACAAGCGCUUCACACUACACCUCCGGAACCUCUAUCUCCAGCGGCACCUCGCUCUCCAGCCUCCGCCACUCGCUCCCCGAGAACCCCCACAUCUACGACUACUCCGAGCUUUGCUCCGCCACCAACAACUUCCUCGCCAGAACCUACACCUCCACCUCCUCCACCCGCUCCUGGCGCUGCACUCUCCGGGGCAAAGACGCCAUCGUUUUCCAGCGCAAGUUCCGCCGCAAGAUCCAGAUGCCCCAGCUCAGGCAACGCCUUGCCGUUAUCUGCCGUAGUCACCACCUCAGCCUCGUCAAGCUCCUCGGGGCCUCCAUCUCCGGCGACCACAUUUUCCUCGUCUACGACUUCGUUGAUGGCGCAAACCUCGCGGCCUGUUUGCGGAACCCCAGGAACCCCAACUACUCGGUGCUCUCCACGUGGAUGUCCAGAAUGCAAAUCGCCACGGAUUUGGCGCACGGCCUCGAUUACAUUCACAAUAGCACCGGCCUAAACAUGAGCUUAGUGCACAACCACAUUAAGAGCAGCAGCAUCAUAGUCACCGAGCCUUCCUUCAAUGCCAAGAUUUGCCAGUUCGGGACCGCCCAACUCUGUGGCGAGAUCGACGAAAGCGAAGCCCGUGAAGAUUAUUCUGGUCCGGAUAGUUCGAGCUACGAGGGCGAAAUUGAAGAGGUAUCCGAGGGCCCCGGAACGACGUCAUCGAAAUUGAGGCGGUCGGAUAGUCGAAAAUUGCAAUUCGAAGGUGUUAAGGGGUACAUGUCGCCGGAAUUUCAAACAACUGGCGUGGGAACGCAAAAGAGCGACGUGUACGCGUUUGGGGUGGUAAUCUUGGAGCUGUUGUCGGGAGAGGAGCCUUUCAAGUAUAAAUACGAUAAGGCCAAGGGGGAGUUCGUUCGGAGCACAGUGAUUGAGGCAGCGAGAGUAGCAAUUGAAGGAGACGGGCUCAGAAGAUGGGUGGAUCGGAAGUUGAAGGACUCGUUUCCGGUGGAGGUGGCGGGGAAGCUGACACGCCUAGCGCUGGAUUGCGUACACGUGGAGGCUGAUAUGCGGCCCAACAUGGGACGCGUGGCGGGGAAGAUUUCUAAGCUGUAUUUGGAGUCUAGGAUUUGGUCGGACAGUGUGAAAAUGCCCACAGAAAUUUCGGUCUCUUUGGCACCCAGAUGAGUAUGAUUUAUGAUGGAUGAGAGAGUGAGAGAGGGAGGGUUUUGUUUUCCAGAUGAAUAUGAUGUGUGUGAGUAUUUUAUUUAACAGAGACUAGUUAAUAAUAGUAGGAUUCCAAAAUUGGCUGCUCUAGUUUUAUUAACAUAAACAAUAAAUACAGAAGAACACUUUGAAUAAAAAUAAAACCUUUCUCCUCCGUUAUUUAA